CUCCGCUUGUCAGUCAGACUUUGAACAGCGCGCUGGCGCUCAUCAUCACUACUAAUCUUCGGCCGCCGCUUGUCAUCAACGAAGGCAGCUUCUGACAGUCGUCCCCUACCGGCUUUAGAAAUAUAGAUUAAGAUGAACAGUUGCUGAGACAGGGCAGGAAACCCGAGGGCAACACCGCGGGGACCGAGCGGAGAUAAAGAAAACCCACCUCAGCGGCGCCGUUUAACGCUCUUGUUCGGGAGUUGCGAUGGUCCAGUCAAGGGAUGUUUUUCUAGCCUUGCUUCUCGUGGGCUGUACAGUUUCAUUGGAUGUGCAGAUCACUCCAAGUCACGGUGAGAUUAGUGUCGGAGAGUCCAAAUUCUUCAUGUGUGAAGCUGUUGGAGUUGCCAAGCACAUGAACUGGUUCGGACCAAAUGGAGACAGGAUAGAACCGAACAGACCCGACAUAACAGUAACCCGCAACGAUGAGUCAUCCUCCACCCUCACUCUGUACAAAGCUGGGGAGGAAAACGCAGGAACGUACAAGUGUGUCGCCACCAACGGGGACCAGCAAGCAGAGUCAACUGUCAAAGUGAAAAUCUUCCAAAAAGUCACCUUUACGAACGCGCCCUCACCCCAAGAGUUUAACGAAGGAGACAAUGCCAUCCUCAUCUGUGAUGUCAUCAGUUCGCCUCCACCCACUGUCUUCUGGAAGUACAAAGGAGCUAGAAUACAAAUGGAAAAAGAUGUUCGCUUUAAGGUAUUGCCCAAUAACCACCUUCAAAUUCGUGGCAUAAAGAAGACUGAUGAGGGCUCGUAUAUCUGCGAGGGUCGCCUCAUGGCUCGCGGCGAGAUUGAUCUGCGGGUCAUCAAGGUUGUAGUGAACGUGCUCCCGACCAUCCGGGUAUGGCAGUCAGAGGUGAAUGCAACAGCCGAUGUCGGGCAGUCCGCCAUGUUAACGUGUGCUGUUGAUGGCUAUCCUGAACCCAUGGUGACAUGGACAAGAAACGAAGUGGUUCUCGAGGCAGGAGAGAAGUACAGCUUUAAUGAGGACGGCUCAGAAAUGACGUUGCUGGAUGUUACCAAGCUGGAUGAAGGAGAAUACACCUGCAUUGCCAGGAACAAAGCUGGGGAAAGUGAGAAGGAACUCAGUCUGAGAGUGUUUGUCAAACCUAAGAUCACCUACAUCGUAAACCAGAGCACUUCGGAGAUGGAGGAGCAGGUAACUCUGACUUGCGAGGCAUCGGGAGAUCCAACUCCCACCAUCAGCUGGAGCUCCGGUGAGCACGUCUUCACUGAAGGAGAGCAGGCACAUCUAAACAGGAUCUAUCAGGCAUCAUGGACUCGGCCCGAGCAACACAAGAGCCUGGAUGGAAAUGUCGUGGUGAGGAGUGACGCCCGCGUGUCCUCCCUCACUCUGAAGUAUGUCAAGUACUCAGACGCUGGUCAGUACCUGUGUUCAGCACGCAGUGCCAUCGGAGAGGACGAUCAGACGGCAUUUCUGGAGGUCCGCUAUGCCCCUAAGAUUCACGGUGCAGUGGCAAUAUAUACCUGGGAGGGCAACGCUGUGAAUAUCAGCUGUGAGGUCAAGGCUCAUCCCAUCGAUGUGUCUAUUGUGUGGCUGAGAGAUGGACUGCAGCUCCCCAACUCAAACACCACCAACAUAAAGAUCUUCAGGAGUCCGUCAGCCAGCUACUUGCAGAUAACCCCCGAGUCAGAAAACGACUUUGGGAGCUAUAACUGCACUGCUUCAAAUGAGAUCGGCACGGAGUCCAAGGAGUUCCUGCUCAUCCAGGCCGAGGUGCCGUCGGCUCCAUCCAUCGGUGAGGUGAGACCCUUCUCCACCACGGCACAGAUCCAGUUUGAGGAACCGGAAUCCACUGGAGGUGUGCCGGUCUUGAAAUACCGAGUGGAGUGGAGGGCUCAGGGCUGGGGCACCUGGGUGCACCAGGUCUAUGAGGUCCAAGACGGCUACACCAGCGAGGCGACUAUAACGGGCCUGAGGCCGGAGACCGGCUACGAGCUGAAGUUGUCAGCCAUCAACGGCAAGGGGGAAAGUGAAAGCAGCGCUGCCGAGUUCUUCAAGACAGAGCCUGUCCACGGCAUUUUUAAUUUUUUCACUGAAGACACAGAAGGGAAUCCCAAUCCUCCUAAACUCGAAGGGGCUCUUCCACCCAAAGGCAACUCUCUCAAAGUCCGCUGGAUCAAGCAGGAUGACGGCGGCUCGCCCAUUCUACAUUAUCUCGUUCGCUACAAGCCAAUCCAGGUGUCAGAGUGGAAACCAGAAAUCCGGCUGCCCAGCGGCAGCGACUACGUGUUUCUCAGCGGCUUGGAGUGGGACACCGAGUACAGCGUCUACGUGGUGGCAGAGAAUCAGAAGGGCAAGUCCCAGCCAGCCACCAUGUCCUUCAAGACGUCCACGCAGCCCGAAGCCGUGCCAGAUUUGGGGGAAGAGGCAGCGUUCUCAAUGAGCAUCACACUCUGGGCGGGGAUCCUUGUUGUAGCAUUUGUACUCCUGCUUCUAGCUGUCGAUGUCUCCUGUUAUUUUGUCAACAAAUGUGGCCUCAUCAUGUGCCUCUGCGGUAAAUCGGGCACAGGGACCAAAGGGCACAACGUGGAGGAGGGAAAAGCAGCCUUCAUGAAAGACGAGUCCAAGGAGCCAAUUGUGGAAGUCCGAACAGAGGACGAGUGCACGGCCAAUCACAACGCAGCAGGACCGACGGAACCCAAUGAAACCACCCCGCUUACGGAGCCAGAGCUGGCGGCUUACACUGCUGCUCUGGCACUGGACUCCCUCUCCUCCGUAGCCACCAACUCUGACACGGCCACCGCAACAAUUGACCCCGCUCAGGACAGCCCCUCUAGCGAGACCACCACCCUCACUUGUAGUCUGUCCGCCCCGGCCGACGACCCCUCGCCCAGCCCCGUCCUGGCUCCGGCCCCGACUCCAGAGUCGAACGCGGCCCUCGCGACUCUCCUCAUCUCCAGCUCCGCCAUCGAGGCUAAAAUGGCCCCGUUACUAGAGCAAAGAAGAAGCGACAACCCGGAAGAACCGGAGAAACUAACCGCUCCUCCUUGUAGCCCCGAACGGACCGUAGCUCAGAAAUCCGGGACGCCGAUACCGCCGAAGCGCAGGCACUCUCCUAAGCUUGCGGCCCUGAAUGCUAAAGGUAGCCCGCCUGUAUCGCCACUGGCCUCGUCACCCUCUCCUACACUCGAAGGCAAGAAACGUGCUCCGAGGCCACCCGGCAGCAAGCUUCCCGUGCAGCAGCACGCUGUAGCCUCAGGCACCAAGACGCCAGGGCAAACUGACGCCACUCUAGCAACCGCUGCCCCUCCGAAACCAGACUCCAGUGGGAGGAGCCUGACUGCCUUUGACUUCCCGAAUGAACCUGCUGAGCAAACUGACGAUAACGCUGCCAAAGCUGUUGCUGCUGCUGCUGCUGCCGCCGCCGGGUCCCCCUCAGCGAUCCACGUUGCUCUUAAAGCCCCGGAUGCUGAGGUCUCCACCCCUGUGGUUGCACGCGUCCCCUCUCCUUUGCCCGUCACUUAUAUUUCGUCCAGUGUGAGGGUGCCGGUUUCGAAUGAUCCCUUCGCAUCGGCGUCCGACGGGAACAACUCGCGUGCCGAGGGGCCCGUAGGCGCAGAUGUAGUGUUAGAGCUGACAAACGGGACAGAAAGACGCUCUCCGCCUCCCGCGGCGCUCAAUAGCUUAGAGAGCCCGCCCUAUGCCCCCUCUCUGCCCAAUGGAGACGGAGCAGACCUCCCCCCCUCUGGCCCAGUUGUGGAGGCGUCAGAGACUCUGGCCAAGACUGCUCCUCCUGUCAACGAUGAGUACGGCUCCCUCUAGAGGUUUAUCUGUGUUUGUGAGUUUUUCCGAUGAUAAAGGCAAGCUGCAGGAGGCAGACUUAUCGAACGCCGUGACGGAGAUCUCUGCCCAACGCAACAGUGUCAUACAGACAAAUACCACUGAGAGCAAAGCAUGAUGGGAAGGGGGGAAAGCCCCGGCCAGAUACCAAACAUUUUGCAGCAGCAAACGAGCGAGAAACACUGCAGAGUUUUGAUUUCCAGUGCCCUUAACAACAUACUCAAAACGGCACACGCGUGUUGAUUGGUUAGAGCGCACUUUGACAGUAAUUUCAGUUCUGGUUUCAUUCCUGAAAUGUUUACUACACCCAAGAGGUUUAUCUUUAUCAUCACAAGAGAUUUAUUUUAUUUUUUUAUUGUUGUUUUAUUUAACCCGUCAGGACGUUUAAAGACAAUCUCUUAUUCCAAGGAUGGCUUAGUAAAUGUGUGACGUUCGACUGUACUUUCUGUUCCGAGCAUUUGGUUUGCAGUUACGUACAAGUUUUGGAUUAUUAUGGGAAAUGUAAAAAAGAAAACGAUAAAAAAGAACCUGUCUAUAUAUAUAGAAACGAUUCUUCUUAUUUUCAUGUUCUCCUGUUUAAAUGUAAACAUUGCAUUUAUUUUAUUUUGGCCUCCUGAGUGGCAAGCUUGUCUCAUUUAGCUUGUUCUGCAUGUCUGACCUGCAAGUGGCUGUAGAGUUUUGUUUACAAGAUUUAUAGUUUCACUUUGUCUCCUACAGGGAUUUUUCAUCUCUCACAGAUACGCUAGCGUUGAUUAAACAGACUUCGAUGUUUGGACUAUAACCAUAUUUGCUAUGGUUAUAAAAGAUACAGGUUUAACCCACAGCCGGCUGCAGGAGGGGAAAAGAUUAAGAGAGAAUCCCGCAACACAUCAACCGUGUGUAUUAUGGGAUCAAAUAUGGUCCAUUUCAUGGUAUAAUAUAAUCGGUCUGUUUCUGCCUUUACCACAGCGAUGCUAUUUGUUAACAAAAUGUACUGGAUAACAAACGUCCUCUGAAAGAACAAACUGCCAGUGGAACUGUUGAUUCUCAGCCGUGUGUUGAAGAACGGUGAAUCUCACGAUCUUGAGCUAAAUGUACGACUCUUAUUUGUCUGGGAGGAGGCGACGGCUGCCGUUUCCUCCUCAUAUCAAAGCAGACCGAAGGUCUUGCUUUGUACUUUGAGUUGUGCUUUUAAAGCAAAAAAAAUGAAUAAAAGUUCUAAAAAAGCAUUUUGUACUAUUUAAAAGCUACUAACCCAUUAUUUUCCAUUUCCUGCCUGCAAGCUUGUGCGCUGUGCCCGUGUGUCAUUAGAUUGUCUUGUCAUCCGUCUGUAUGAUAAUCUGCAUAGCUUUGUCGUGAGAGAUUUAGCCUUUUCUUUUAAUUUAAUAUAUUGUAUAAAUAGAAGAAAAGUACGAUA